GGCAGGGCCUCGCGCAUGCGCGCAGCCCGGAGGCCAGGGGCGGGGGCUCCGAGUGGGGUUUUGCAUCGGCGGCGGCACCGCGGCGGGAAGGGGAGCGGGAGCCCGUGCGGCAGCGGUGGCGUGACCGGCUCCGGCCAGGCCCGGCCUAGCGAGGCGCUUGCCCCUCGCCCCUCACCGCCUUCUCCCCCGUGGCGCCUCGGCGCUGUUCGGUCCCUUGCGGGCUACAGGGGCGGCGGCAGGAGGGAGCGGAGCGGGGCCGCUGCGGGGACCCCGCGCCCGGUGCGGGCGGCGCGGCGGCGGCGGAUGUGCUGCUGGCGCGGGGGGAUGAUGCUGGCGGGGCCGCAGCUGGUGGCGGGGCCGGCGGUGCCGGGCGGAGAGCGGGCCCGGCUGCUCUCGCUCUAUGUGCAGGACUACCUGGAGUGCGUUGAGUCGCUGCCGCUGGACAUCCAGCGCAACGCUUCGCUACUGCGGGAGAUGGACACGCAGUGCCAAGAAGCACUAAAAGAAAUAGAUGAUGUCUAUGAAAAAUACAAGUCAGAAAAUGAUCCUGUUCAGAAGAAACGCUUGCAGCAGCAUCUCCAGCGUGCAUUAAUCAACAGCCAAGAACUUGGAGAUGAAAAAAUUCAGAUAGUUACUCAGAUGCUAGAACUGGUAGAGAAUAGAGCUCGGCAAAUGGAAACACACUCUCAGUGUUUCCAAGAUCUGUCUGAGAAUGAAAAGCCUGUAGAAAAGGCAAAGAUGGAGUCCUGCCAGCCAGAGAGAUCUUCACGUAGACCUCGUCGCCAGCGAACCAGCGAAAGCCGUGAUCUGUGCCAUAUAGCAAAUGGCAUAGAUGACUGUGAUGAUCAGCCCCCUAAAGAAAAAAGAUCUAAAUCUUCCAAGAAGAAAAAACGCUCCAAAGCCAAACAAGAGAGAGAGGUUUCACCCGUAGAAUUUGCAAUUGAUCCCAAUGAACCAACUUAUUGCUUAUGCAACCAAGUGUCUUAUGGUGAAAUGAUAGGAUGUGAUAAUGAACAGUGUCCUAUCGAGUGGUUCCACUUCUCGUGUGUUGGACUCACCUACAAGCCAAAGGGCAAAUGGUAUUGCCCCAAGUGCAGAGGAGACAAUGAGAAAACAAUGGACAAAUGUACUGACAAAUCAAAAAAGGAUAGAAGAUCGAGGUAGUGAAAGCAAUUCAUAUUUUAAAGAGUUGCUCCUUUUAUAGUAAAAUGUUUAAUUUCCAGAGAACGCUGUUUUAGGAAAUGCAUAAGACUAUGCAAUAAUUUUUAAUCUAUAAUAUUAAUGGAGUAUUAAAAUCUGUUAUACUUUCUGUGAUCUUAACUUUCUGCACUGAAUAACCAAAUAAUUGAAACAGGGUGGCUUCAGACUUUCACAGAAGACAUUGCAAGCAUAUGGCACUUGGUUUCAAUUUAACCCCAUUAGUCUAAAAGAACCUUGUGAUUCUUGAAAUAAUGGGGGUGGGAAAAAUACUGAAGAACUUUUCAUGUUACGGAAAGGCAUUGAAAGGCUUCACUUAACUGCUAGAACCUUAACAACUGAAUUUGUUCUUUACCCCAUGUCUUAAGUUAUUAGUUUUUUUGUGUUAACAUCACACAUUUGGAAUUAGGUUUUUGGAAUUCAGCUGUAAUUGUAAAAGUCUUCCAAGCUACAAGCAGACCUCUUCAGUGACUUUCAUAUAACCAGUAUGUUAUUUCAAGGAAGAAAGUACCACUAACUUAAGCUUUUUUUUAAUUAUUUUUUUCUUUCUUUGCCCUUUUUUUUUUUGUCAUUAUUAAACUCUUGUCUUUGUGACUUUA